AGAGAGAGAGAGAGAGAGAGCUGGCGCUUUGUGAUGUCCGCCUGUCAACGGAGCUGUCCGUAAUCCCUGGUCCUGAAACAAGUCCGUUGGAGUUCUCAUAUCAACUCAGAAAGUCGUCGUUGGCGUCAGAGUACCGCAAAAGUGGGAACAACAAUGGAAAUGGAAAUAACAGGUUAAAAAGCAAGAUGGGAGAACAAAACGCAGGAUUACGUUUGUUUUUAAAAAACUGGAUUAUUUAACAUCAAAUUGCGAGGGAUUAUUUGCUGAGUGAAUUUGCGCGGACGGGUCUGUGGCUUUCAAAGAUCUACAUUCAGCUGUGAAUUCGGCCUUCUCAGCCUCUGGAUGUAACCGGCGGCAGGCCCGAGGAUGGCGAAAAUCUGCACCGAGCGGUCCUGCUCCGCCCAGCAACGGCUGUCCGUCCUCCCCGGCGAGGACGACCUGGAACGGCUGGAGAAUGGCGGCAGCAGGUCCCACUCUCUGUGUGACGAAACGUCCUCUGAGCGCCAGGGGGCCGUUUCCACGGUCACCAGCAUACUGGCAGAGUCCCGUAGGAGUUCUUUUACCGGUGCAGGAGCCAUGGCCAGGCUCUCCCACUUCAUCCUGAUGCUGAGGAACUGGGCCUCCCACCGGCUACACCAGGAGACAGAGCGGCCCGACUCCUUCCUGGAGCGCUUCCGGGGCCCCGAGCUGAAGGACCUGUCCAGCCGGGACAGCAACGCCCAGUCUUCCCUGGGACACCCCGACCAGCCCCGCCGGAGGAAUUUUUUCCCAAGUCGUGUCAGUCCUUGGCCACAGGCUAUUCUCAAUCUCAACAACUGUAACAACACCGAUGACAAAAAAGAGGACAAGAAAGAUGAAAUAAAAGACAAGAAAGAUGAGAAAAAAGAAGAAAAGAAAGAUGAGAAAAAAGAUGACAAGAAAGAAGAAAAGAAGGACGAUAAAAAAGACGGCAAGAAGGAUGAUAAAAAAGAUGAAAAGAAAGAUGACAAAAAGAAGGAGGACCCUCCAAAAGACUUCUGGAUCAUGGACCCAGCGACAGACCUGUACUACAGAUGGCUUACAAUAAUCGCUGCUCCUGCCUUUUACAACCUGAUGAUGCUCGUGACCAGGGCCUGCUUUAAUGAGCUUCAGGAGAGCUUCACCAAGCUGUGGCUGACGCUGGACUACUCCUCGGAUAUCAUCUACAUCAUCGACACUUUUGUAAGAUCGCGAACAGGAUUCUUGGAACAAGGACUGCUUGUAAAAGACCCAAAGAAAUUAAGAGAAAACUACAUGAAAACUAAUCAGUUCAAGUUUGAUCUUUUCUCCAUAUUUCCAACUGACAUAUUUAUGUUAAAAGUGGGGCUCAACAACCCUGAGUUGAGGUUCAACCGUCUAUUCAAAAUUGGACGCCUCUUUGAGUUCUUUGACCGCACAGAGACCAGAACCAACUACCCCAACAUUUUCCGAAUCAGCAACCUUGUCCUUUACAUCCUGGUCAUCAUCCAUUGGAAUGCCUGCAUAUUUUUUGCCAUCUCCAAGACCAUUGGCUUUGGCUCAGACUCCUGGGUGUACCCCAACAUCAGUCACCCAGAGUUUGGUCGACUGUCCCGCAAGUACAUUUACUGCCUGUACUGGUCCACGCUCACCCUCACCACCAUCGGAGAGACGCCCCCACCGGUCAAGGACGUCGAGUACCUGUUUGUCGUCUGCGACUUCCUCAUCGGCGUGCUCAUCUUCGCCACCAUCGUCGGUAACGUCGGCGCCAUGAUCUCCAACAUGAACGCGUCCCGCGCCGACUUCCAGGCCAAGAUCGACUCCAUCAAGCAGUACAUGCAGUUCCGUAAGGUCACCAAGGACCUGGAGGCCCGGGUCAUCAAGUGGUUCGACUACCUCUGGACGAACAAGAAGACCUGCGACGAGAAAGAAGUGCUGAAGAACCUACCGGACAAGCUGAAGGCCGAGAUCGCCAUCAACGUCCACCUGGACACGCUGAAGAAGGUGCGCAUCUUCCAGGACUGCGAGGCGGGGCUCCUGAUCGAGCUGGUGCUCAAGCUGCAGCCUCAGGUCUUCAGCCCCGGCGACUACAUCUGCAAGAAGGGCGACAUCGGCCGAGAGAUGUACAUCAUCAAAGAGGGGAAGCUGGCGGUGGUGGCGGACGACGGGGUCACGCAGUUCGUGGUGCUGAGCGACGGCGCCUACUUCGGGGAGAUCAGCAUCCUGGGGAUCAAAGGGAGCAAAGCCGGCAACAGGAGGACGGCCAACAUCCGAAGCGUGGGGUACUCCGACCUCUUCGCCCUCUCCAAGGACGACCUGAUGGAGGCCCUGACCGAGUACCCCGAGGCCAAGAAGGCCCUGGAGGAAAAAGGGAAGGCCAUCCUGAUGAAGGACAACCUGAUCGACGAGGCGGUGGCCAACGCCGGAGCCGACCCCAAGGACAUGGAGGAGAAGAUCGGCCGGCUGGAGUCCCACCUGGAGGUCAUGCAGACCAAGUUCGCCCGGCUGAUGGCGGAGUACACGGCCAGCCAGAGCAAGAUCAAGCAGAGGAUCACGAACAUGGAGAACAGGGUGAAGACCCUGAGGCCGGAGGAACUCUCGGAAGUUGUCGAGGACAAGAAGGACAAGUAGCUCACGUGCACGGCGUCACCGAUCGUGCGUUUUAUACAGAAACUGAACUGGUCAAGAAAAUAUUUCUCCCUUCUUGUAAGAUGUGAAACAUAUCUGUACAAAGUAGUUACUUUUUCAAACUGUUUAUAUGCACAAUUAUUUGCAAAUUGUACAUCACCUGGGUGACAAAAUGAUAAUAUCUAAAUAUGCAGUACUCAUGGUUAUUAGGCAUUUUAAACUGUUAACAGUGCAUCAAAUGUCAAACCUCAAACCUAAUAUUUAAAUGGGUGAUGGUUUGGAAAUGCUUGUGCGUUCUGUGGCCAGCUGGACUCACUUUUAUGGGUAUUUGCAAGCCUCUGUCAUACAGAAAACCAUUCCAUUGAGUUACAUCCUUGUGUAUUUAAUUUAAUAUUACUGAGGUUAAUUUUAGCCUCUUUAAUCCCGUCAACAUGAAAGUGUAAAUAUGUGCAGUAUGCAGGUCUAUUCUUACCGAUUAAAUAAUCGAUUAUUUCAUAUUUUAUUGAGGAAGUAUGAACUUGAUGGACCUUACUGAGGAAGGGCAUAUCUGUUUUAGUUCAUAAAGGUUAAUGGCAAAAUCUGUCCACAUAAAAAAUGGUUUGAAGACAAUGAAAGCUGCCUUGACAUUUAACAGGAGGUAUCACAGAACCCCUCCAUUGGUCUCCAUUAGAGAUCUGUGGAAAGAGAAGAUAAAAAAAAAAAAAAAAAAAGAAUAGAACAAAUGUUUUUUUAACGAAAAGAAAACCCUGGCAGACAAGAUUCUGUGGAUUAUGAAUUAUACAGUAGCACUUCAGAUCGAUGCAUCAUAAAUUGAGGAUAUAGUUCUGUAACCUGAUAUCAAUAAUUCUCAGGUCAGCUCAGAAAAAAAACCUUUCUGCAUUAUUUCAUAGUAGUGUAUGAAUCCGUCCGAAUGUGAUCUACUGAUGCAAAGUAAAUGCACACAUUCAUCUUAACCACGGCAGAUUACCUGAGGACUGGUCCAACAGUAACUAAACCUGCAUUUAUUUAAAUGUGUGGAAUGUAAUUUCAUUUAUUGGCGUUUUUAAGUAUGCUAAAGACAAAAUAAAUAUCACUGCAUACUU